CGCGACGCGCACGCAGCCAGUCGAGGCGCAGCCCCCGCCGCCGGCGCUCCUCACACCAUGACCGAGUACGCCGAGUACGACUGGCGCCUGCACCAGAUGCAGAGCGAGCGGCUCUGCGACGUGUCCCGCCAGCACCUCACGGACGCGGACCGGCAGCGCGCGCUCGACGCGCUCAAGGACGCCGUGGACUCCAGCCUCAACCUGGCGCUGCGCGACAAGAGCCGCUGCCAGGACGACGCCUUCCUGCGCCGCUUCCUGUACGCGCGCAAGCACGACGUGCAGGAGAGCUUCCAGCUGCUGGUGCGCUACCACCAGUACCGGCGCGAGCACGCCGAGCUGUGGGCCGCGGCCGACGGCGCCGUGCUGCGCGCGCUGGGCGACGGGCUGCCCGGCGUGCUGCAGCAGCGCGACCGCCGCGGCCGCUGCGUGCUGCUCAUGCUGGCCAGCAACUGGACGCCGCACGCCUGCCCGCUGCUGGCCGUGUACCGCGCGCUGCUGCUCACGCUCGAGCGCACGCUGCUCAGCGUGCAGAACCAGGCCAACGGCUACGUCAUCAUCGUCGACUGGACCGAGUUCACCUUCAAGCAGUCGUGCAGUCUGCAAGCGAAAACGUUGAAACUAAUGAUAGACGGAUUGCAAGACUGCAUGCCCGUGAGAUUUAAGAGCAUACAUUUCAUCGGGCAGCCGUGGUAUGUCGAAACGGCGUUGGCCGUUAUUAAACCUUACCUCAAGGCCAAGACGAGAGAGCGGAUCAUUCUGCACGGCAACAACCUGUCCACGCUGCACGACUCGCUGCCGCUGGACAUCCUGCCGGCCGAGCUGGGCGGCGAGGGGCCCUCCUACAACUCCGAGCUCUGGCUGCAGGAGUUCUGCCGCGGGGAGAACAUCGUGGGGACCAAGCCGCAGGCGACAAAGAAAGACGCCCCGGCUGAGGACGACCCGCCGCUGGCCAAGCUAAACAAAGCCUACAAACAAAAAGAUAAUUCAAGUUUCUCGUUUUACGGAAACGAAAAGAGUGCAAAGUCGGAGUUACUGCGUGAUAAAGAUUGACACGGGUAGUGGCGGCCGAGCAGUGACUCUAGUGGACAUCCUCCGCGCCGGGGCGGCCGCCCCGGCGGCGGCGGGAGUGCAGUGUGUGAUAUCAAGUGUAUUGCUAAUUUAUUGUCAAGAGACAAAUAAGAAUCGUCCAGUAUAAAAUACUUGGGGAGAAAGUGGAUAGGAUGUGUUUAGUUUAGGCGCAUUUUUAUGGCUUCCGUCCGGAUUUGGUUGUUAGGGCGUCAUUUGAUGCGGUAACGUCAUUAGUGCUUUGUAAGUACGUAGGUCUGGGAUGCCUGAUUCAGCGGAUGAGUAUUGACCGUUCGUGUGUAUGUGUGUGUGAGUGUGUGGGUGUGAGCGCGGUGCACCGGCGCUGCAUGUAACGGUGGUUAGCUCUGGUUUGGGCGCAUCCGCCAUGCUCGAUGCUCCACUCUCCGCGAAGCACCGGCAUUCUGCAUCUUUACCUUAUUUGGCUCUAUUACUGCUGGUUAUCUCUCCACAACCUACCUAUAAAUUUAUUAUUCCAUGCAACUUAAUUGCGCUUGAACUCUCCGCGAAGGGGAAAACGUGAUGGUAAUUGUUUUCCUUCCUACCAACUAUAGCAAUUUCGCACUUGAAGUUAAAUAUAAAUAAUAAUUACUCA